AUGGGACUCCUCAAAAUUAUUAAGAAGGCCAAAGAAAAACAUUCAGAGAUACGUAUUGUUAUAGUUGGUUUGGAUAAUGCGGGUAAAAGCUCAUUGGUUACUAGGCUAUUGGACAAACCUCUGGAUCAGGUUGCGCCUACACUAGGUUUUAAAAUCUACACAUAUCCCUAUAAAAAUUACAAUCUCAACAUUUGGGACAUAGGAGGACAGAAAUCCAUUAGAUCAUUUUGGAAAAACUACUUUCACGACACUGAUGGGCUUAUUUGGGUUGUAGAUUCAGCUGAUCGACAGAGGAUUAACGAUUGUAAGGUGGAAUUUCAAAAGCUAUUGUGCAAUGAACAUUUAACUGAAACACCAGUGUUGGUAUUGGCCAAUAAGCAGGAUAUACCUGGGGCAAUGACGGCAGAUGAUAUUUCAAAGGCCAUAGGAAUUGACAAAUUGUCUCACAGAUACAAAAUAUUGCCCACCUCAGCGCUCGACACAGCAAUUGAUUCGACACGUGUAUAUAACCUCGCAGAUUGCAUUUCAUUUCUAUUGGAAACAAACAAAAAUAAAACUUAA